AUGGUCAACUCCUGUUGUGGCUCUGCCUGCUCUGACCAGGGCUGUGGUCAAGGCCAGGAGACCUGCUGCCGGCCAGUUUGCUGCCAGACUACCUGUUGCCAGACUACCUGCUGCCGACCCACCUGUGUCUCCUCUAGCUGCUGCCGCCCAGUCUGUUGCCAGACUACCUGCCGACCCACCUGUGUCUCCUCUAGCUGCUGCCGCCCAGUCUGCUGCCAGACUACCUGCCGGCCUACCUGUGUCUCCUCUAGCUGCUGCCGCCCAGUCUGCUGCCAGACUACCUGCCGCCCCAGCACCUGUGUGUCUGGUUGUUUCCGCCCAGUUUCCUGUCAGACCACCUGUGGGCCCACCUGCGGCUCAUCCAGUUGCUCCCACCCAAUCUGCUGUCAGACUACCUGCUUUGGUACAACUUCCUGUCGUCCCAGCUGCUGA